UAAACCUGCUGUUUUCUGCUUAGCAAAAGGGUAAGAACAUUGAUUCAUUCUUUAGGGUCAAUUGUGAGGUAGUUUUUUUUUUUUUUGGUAUGUGAGGUUUUUUUGGGUUUUGUUUUUGUUUUUGAGUUCCUUAAUGUCCCUCUCAGCUUGACGAAACUUUAGGCAGGCUUCUCUCUGACUCUAGGCUGCUUCACCUUCCCCUCUCCCUAAUCCUUACAGAAUCCAGAGGGACAUGUUCCAUCUGACCUUAACGGUGAACUCAGGAGAUGAGCUCCUGUGAUCAAAGCACACCACUGCUUAACCUGACCCUAAGGUCCUCCAGUACUUCCCGUCACUUCACCCUGGGCCUUCAAAACCCUCUUGCCUUCUGCUUUAGCAGAGCUGAGUUCAGACUUACUUUUGUUUUCUUUCCCCUAUUGUGGUAGCCUUGAAUAAAGUCAUCCUUGCCUGUUUAACAUUGUUUGGUGCAGUUUCUUUGACACCCUUUACCACGCCUCUGUUGUCUGUUCCUCGCUUUCUGAAUGACUGUCUUGACUAUCUUCAGCUCCAUACAAAUUUAAAUAAAUGUCGUCUGAAGACCUAGAGGCUCAGGAGGACGAAUUGCUGGCCUUGGCAAGUAUUUAUGAUGGAGAUGAAUUUAGAAGAGCAGAGUGUAUCCAAGGUGGAGAAACCAGAAUCUUUUUGGAUUUACCACAAAAUUUCAAGAUAAUUGUGAACAGUGAUCCAGCAGAUGGUCUCCGGAAUAAUGGCAAGCAAUAUGUGAUUUGCUUCCUGCCUCCCCUUGUGCUGAACUUUGAACUGCCACCGGAUUAUCCAUCCAACUCCCCACCAGCAUUCACCCUCAGUGGCAAGUGGCUGACACCGACCCAGCUAACUGCUCUCUGCAAGCAACUAGACAUUCUGUGGGAAGAACACCGGGGCAGUGUAAUCCUGUUUGCCUGGAUUCAGUUUCUGAAGGAAGAGACCCUUAGGUACCUGAACAUCACCUCUCCCUUUGAGCUCAAGUUUGGCUCUCAGGAAAACACGAAGAGAACAGCCUCAGCUCCUCCCACAAGAGAAUUAUGUCUUGGAGGAGCAACUGACUCUGAAAAAGGCCAGGAGGAAUCUGUGGAUGAGAGAGCUGUGCAGGAUGUGGAAUCGUUGUCGAGUCUGUUCCAGGAAGUCUUGGACUUUGACCAAGAUCAUCAGAAAAAGUGCUUUAACAAAAAAGCAUACCCUUGCAAUAUCUGUUUCUGUAUCAAGCUGGGCACUGAGUGCAUGUACUUCUUGAAUUGCAAGCAUGUGUACUGCAGGGUCUGUCUGAAAGACUACUUUGAGAUCCAGAUCAAGGACGGACAGGUUCUCUGCCUCAACUGUCCAGAACCAAAGUGCCCUUCGGUGGCUACCCCUGGUCAGGUUAAAGAACUGGUGCAAGCGGAAUUAUUUGCACGUUAUGACCGCCUUCUCCUCCAGUCCUCCCUGGACCUGAUGGGGGAUGUGGUGACUUGCCCCCGGCCGAGCUGCCAGCUGCCUGUGGUAGAGGAGCCAGACUCCAAGAUGGGCAUAUGUACUGGCUGCAGUUAUGCCUUCUGUAGUCUGUGCCGCCUGGCCUACCAUGGGAUUUCCCCGUGUAGGAUCACGCCAGAGAAGCUAAUGCAGUUACCAGAGGAAUACCAGCAAGCAGAUGAAGCUGGAAAAAAGCUUUUGGAGCAGAAGUAUGGUAUGAAGGUAAUCCAGAUGGCACUGGAAGAGAUGAAAAGUAAGACGUGGCUGAAAAAGAACUCAAAAUGCUGCCCAAAUUGUGGGACUCGGAUAGAGAAAUUUGGUGGGUGUAACAAGAUGACGUGUACUAACUGUAUGCGGUAUUUCUGCUGGAUUUGCUUGAAUUCUUUGUCUAGAGCAAGCCCUUAUAAGCAUUUUAGUGAUCCUGCCUCCCCCUGUUUCAACCUGUGAGUAUACACAGACAUCCUCAGACACAUUACUAAGUUUUUGGUCCAUAAUAUGCAGAACACAAAUCUGGUGCUUCCUCUUAAAUGUAUUACUAGUAUGUAUGAUAUUUUAUAGAUUUUUCCUGGAAGUGGAUUUUAUGAUGGGAACCUAUACCACAUCUGGAAAUAUUUACAUUUAUACUUUUUGCAGAAUUUAGUUUUAUUGUC